AUGCCCAAGUGUGCAUUCUGCAAUGCGCGGGUGGCGACCAAUAAAGGCCUUACAUCCCACCAAAGCCAAAAUCGAGCUUGCCUGGAGAUUCAAGCGCGUCGUCAGGAACAGAGACAAGCUCCUGCACAUAUACCGGCUCCUUCGGUACCUUCCCCAUCGUUUGACCACCCUGUUCUCGAGGGCCCACGCUCCCCAAGUCCCCGCAGCCCGACAGUGGAGGAGGUGGAUGACGACACGACAAAUGACCCCAUUUCCACAUAUGAUCCCCAAUAUCUCCAUCGACAGUCAUAUCCUGCGGAGAGAAAGGCAGGGGAGCGGCAGUGGAGGGACAAGACUCCAUUUGAGGAGUGGCGCGACCAGCGGGAGGCUAAGGGGGAGGACGCCUGCUCGCCGUUUCCAUCGUUAGAUGACUGGGAUGUUGCUCGCUGGCUUGUUCGGUCCGGAUUAUCGCAAGGAAGCAUCGACGAGUUCCUCCACUUGAAGAACGUCCAAGGGAAGCUUGACCCGCCGUUUGCUACCAGCCGAGCAUUCUUCAAGCAUAUUGACGCUCUCCCCACCGGGCCUCAGUGGAUGUGUACGCCCAUGACAGUGACCGGCGAUGAGAUGGAUGGAAAUGGGGAGAGGAAAGUCGAGGUGGUGGAGCUUUGGCAUCGAAAUCCGUUGCAGUGUAUUGCCGAGUUGCUAGGAAAUCCCGCAUUCAAAGAAGAUCAGACAUUCAAGCCAAUGCGAUUGUUUCGAACGCGUGAUACAUUGACUGGAGAGCUGAAGAAUCAGGAGUACGAUGAAAUGUGGACAGGAACCUGGUGGUGGGACACACAGGACCUGCUCGAGGACGGCGCCACCAUUAUUCCCAUCAUCCUCUCCUCUGACAAAACUCAGCUCUCCUCAUUCGCGGGCGAUAAACAAGCAUGGCCGGUUUACAUCUCGAUAGGAAACAUCAGUAAAUCUAUCCGCCGUCAGCCAAAUUCGCGAGCCACCGUCCUGCUGGGCUACAUACCUGUUCCCAAGCUCGACUGCUACUCCAAAACUGCUCGCAAAGUUGCUGCCUACCAGAUUUUCCACGAUUGUAUGCGCAGAAUGCUAGAGGGGUUAGCGGAGGCGGGAAAAGAUGGGGUUGAUAUUGCCUGUGCGGAUGGGUGGGUUCGAUGGUGCUUCCCGCUGCUGGCCGCCUACAUUGCAGACUACCCGGAGCAGUGUCUGGUGGUCUGCUGUCAGGAAAAUUCGUGUCCCCGCUGCUCAUGCCCACCGAAAGAGCGUGGCUCAACGACUGAGUUCCCUAUGCGAAGGCAGGAGGAGACGUUGAGGGUGCUCGGAGAGCAAGCAGCAGGUCAGAAGCCAAAGAAGUUUAGUGAGCUCCAUCUGCGGCCAGUCGAUCCGUUCUGGGCAGACUUACCUCACUGCGACAUCCACUCAUGCAUUACCCCCGACCUCCUGCACCAGCUGCAUAAGGGUGUGUUCGCGGACCACAUUUCGAAUUGGGCGAUGGAAUCGAUGGAGGAGGGGACAGAUGAGGGAAGGAAGAAAGAAGUUGACGCCCGUUACAAGGCGAUGCCACGGCAUCCCACGUUGCGACACUUCACUAACGGCAUAUCUGUCAUCAAGCAAUGGACAGGUUCUGAGUACCGAGGGCUGGCGAAAACAUUCCUGGGCGCUAUCCACAACGCAGUCGAUGAACGGGUGACAUCCGUCGUUCGUCACUUCCUCGACUUCAUGGGCUAUGCCCACUUCCAGCAGGAAACUGAAUGCUGCGGGACGACGACCGGGUCGUUCCGCUGGCGAACGCCACUCGUUUCGAAAAACCCCGGCCGGCAGCCGCAGACCGAAGCGUUCGCUCGUUUCGGUCGGGACUUGCAGGAAGCGGAGGAGACGGCCGUCCGUCCCCACCAACCUCGAGUCUUGCGCACUAGAGUCAGCUGCACGCAGACCCAGCCGCUGCCGAGUUCCCCUCGAAAACCUCAAGAGCGGGAGGGCUGGGUCGGCGCGACCUACACUCUGAAUAUCAGCCAAAACAAACAAGAAAUGAGCCCGGCGCUCACCAGUCUCGUACCCAACGCGGCAAACAGCGCUGACGACCUCCAUCACCCGCCGCAGACCUCGGAGACGCGCCAAGACGGCUACAUGCCGUCUGAGGCGUCUCCUUGUGUGGGCAAGACGUACCCUUAG